UUCCGGGUAUGCGCAAACCUGCAAACCUCUGUCCAGAUUUUCUCCCUUAAGUCCCAUUUCCUUGUGCAGCGGUUCAUUCCUCUGCGGCUUCGGCUUCAUCCACACAGCUCUCGACAUGUCCACCAGGGUUGCCAUAGUAACAGGCAGUAACAAGGGGAUCGGUCUGGCCAUCGUCCGAGCGCUCUGCAAGCAGUUCCAAGGAGAUGUUUACAUCACCGCCAGAGACGUCGGCCGUGGUCAGGAAGCAGUGAAGUCUCUGGCCUCAGAGGGACUGAAGGCCAUGUUUCACCAGCUGGACAUCAACGACCUGAACAGCAUCACCACCGCUGCUGCUUACUUCAAAGAGAAGUAUGGAGGAGUGGACAUCCUCGUUAAUAAUGCUGGGAUAGCAUUCAAAGUGGCAGAUGAAACUCCUUUCGCAGUCCAGGCAGAGGUGACCCUCAAGACAAACUUCUUCGCCACCAGAGACAUGUUGACUCACUUCCUGCCGAUCAUCAAAGUGGGAGGUCGUGUGGUGAACGUGUCCAGCUUGGCCAGCCCCCGUACUUUAAACCAGUGCAGCCCGGCUCUCCAGCAGCGUUUCCGCAGCGAGGACAUCACAGAGGACGAGCUGGUGGGACUGAUGCAGCAAUUCGUCGACCAGACCAAGACGGGCGAGUACAAGCAGAGUGGUUGGCCUGAAGCAGCGUAUGGAGUGUCCAAGACUGGACUGACGACCCUGUCCAUGAUCCUGGCUCGACGUCUGUCCAAGGAGAGACCGAAUGACGGGAUCUUGCUGAACGCCUGCUGUCCAGGAUGGGUGCGCACAGACAUGGCUGGUCCAAAAGCCCCCAAGUCACCAGACGAGGGCGCUGUCACUCCAGUCUACCUGGCCCUGCUGCCGCCUGGAGCCACAGAGCCUCAUGGGAAGUUUGUCUCUGACAAACAAGUUCAGCCGUGGUGAAAGGGUUAAAGGUGUGUGCGUGUGCGUGUCUGUUGGUUUACACGCAACGAUAAUCAUUCAUUACUCUUUGUAAAUUCUGACCUAAUCGCUGGUGUUUUUGAUAUAACUCAAUUUUUGCUUUGUUUCACUUCACUUUCAGCGGUAUGAACACUUUUAUCAUUUUUACAUGGAAGAAAUUUUGUCUUGAAUGAAACUUAAAUGUUUUUAAAUAAAGGAAAAUAAAAUGCUUUUUCA